UGUUUGUGUAUGUUCCUGUUGCGGACGCAAAAGAGGGGCGGCGACGGACGAUUUUUCGUUCGACACAAUCAACCUUUUAUUCGAGCCUUUUCCGGCCGAAUUGUCGGCAAUUUUCCGAAAAUACGAUGACCUUGUAGACGCAACCUUGCCCUGAGGAGUGCUCUCGGCGUCAUGCUGCUCAGCGUGGCCCUCAGGAAACUCUGCGGGCCGUCGCUUCCAUUCCGCGAAACUGCUGAAAUUUCACCAUUUGAAGGAUGAGUCACUCGUAGUGGCCGGACAAAUGGGUUGCAUCUCGAGCAAACCAGACAUCAACGACGUGCACGCCCACAUCUUCCGGGUUAUGAACCUGGAUGACGCCGGCCAGGUUCUGUGCUCGGGACAGCUUGAGGUCAGUGACCACGAGCUGAUCCUGUACCAACACGGCAAGAAUCCAGUCAAGUGGCCUCUCAGGUGUCUUCGGAGGUAUGGCUUCGAUGCAGACGUCUUCACCUUUGAGUCUGGCAGGCGAUGCGUCACAGGCCCCGGAAUUUACGCCUUCAAAUGCCAACGGGCCGAACACCUUUUCAACCUUUUGCAACUCAAUGUCCAAGCUCUUGGCCCCGACGACACUCUGUCCCGCGACCUUCCAGCUCCCACCGUGUCCCCACCUGGAACUCUUCCGCACAACCACUCUUUCAGCCCCAUGGUCGACAGCCCGAACGAACCAAACUACCUAGAGCCCCUGCGCACCAGCCGGUCGGUGACCUUUGACCGGCACUCCCUGGGCCUGCUGAGUCCCCAGACCUCUGUGCCUGUGAUCGCCAACAGAAACGGCGGCGCCGUCUACGCCAACGACCUUCCUCCUGCCGCACAGGUUGCUGAAAGGGUGUGGCCUGUGGUGGCAGAGGAGACAGUGCGGACGCCGACCACCCCAAAGGCGGCCAACGUUUUCGGAGAAGAGGCCCACCUGUACAUGAAUGUGGGCUCGGUGGCCACACCUGAAGAGGUGGCGACCCCUGUCAGCAGGGCGCCGCUGCAGGUCCUGGAGAUGCCGGAACUGAUGGACCCUCAUUUUUAUGCCAACCUUAGCCUAGAGCUGCGAACCGUGCCGCCUUUAUCUGCACCGGAACCUGUUGAAGAGGUGAAGAGGGUAAAUUACAUAGAAUUGGACCUUGACGGUGGCGGUGAAAGCUCUCAGUCGACCCCCCUGUCGCCAGCCAACUCCCUAGUGUCAACCCCGACGGCAGUCAACUCGCCCAAAGGCGCCACUGGCUACGCGUCCAUUGACUUUGACAAGACAGCUGCGCUGUCCAGCAUUGACCAGAAGUGCUUGCGCAAAACCAGACACAACUCGUCGAAAAACGAGGUGCUGCCUGGCGAGUAGUGGCGCAGCUACGUACAAAAGUCGUGAAUGCAAUUUUGGUCUCAGCUUUGGUCGGUGCCCUGCCUUUUGGUUCUAAUUUUUGUUACCAACCUGUGAUUAUUAUUAUCACUCAACAGGCAGCCAAAUGUUUUGUUUCAAGGCCUAAUGACAAAAGAAACUCAGACUGGCGAAUUUGAAAACAGACGUUUGCUGUGAAUGAAACUUGUUUCUCUGUAAAAUCGUAUAUUAUGAAAUUUCCCAAUGCUCAAGAUUACGCAUUUUUCGCAAGCACAAAUUGAUUGUUUUGAGAGAGAGAAAAAAAUAGGGAACUUUUGUGUCAUAAGAUUCAGCUCGAUUGUCAAGCUAAUUAAGAGAAACGAUUGGUGUAAUAAUUAUGGUGGCUCUGUGAAAUGUUGAACAAUGUUUAAAUAGCCUAUUUUAUUGCUAUGGUAACCAAACAAGGCAUGCUUUUUACGAUAUUAUACUUUUUACUGUUAUGUUUUUUGUUCCGAGGAGUACAAAUCUCAAAAUUUUUAACCUUUAUUUAUACAUUAUUAUCUUUGUGACACAUACACAGCGUUUGAACUGCAAAAAGUUUUGUUUUUAAAACGGUUUUUUAAUUUCAAUCUUUUGAGCUCCGCUUGCCAAGUUUUGAAGGUCCAAGUUGUGGACCGAUUCAAAUGACACCUACGAUGAAAUAUGUUGUGGAUUCAAAGUUUGACCUGCAUUGAGUCUGCAAGACUGGCGGUGUGUUCACCACGAUUGAACUCGUGUGAGUGCAUUGGACCCUCUCCGCACAAUGCCAACUUUGAUAGUGUACUCCGUGAUAAAAGUGUUUGCCAAAGAGAUGCGAGGCUGGUUGCAAAAUAGCCAAUUGAUCUGCGUGAAUAAGUUUUUCAAAUGCCAGUAACAAAUAUUCAAUAACUAUAAUUAUACUCCUGUUCUGCAACCGGCCAUUAUUUAUACAUAAUGCUUAUGCGCUGCAUACAAUUUUGUAUAUUUGUUUUCUAUGGCUGUAAUUAUAAAAAUUGAUUAAAAAGAAAUAAAUGAAUGUGCAGCUCAAAAUUAA